AUGGAUUCUCGACCAAGCUCCCCAGAAAGCGUCUACUUUUCGCCGCUUGAAGGCUCGGACGACGAAAGCUCACAAUUCAAGCCAGGCAUACUCACGAGCGGCGACGCUUCGACGCUCCAUACCGAAUCGCCACAAGUGAGGACCUUGGUAUGCUUCAAUGCCGCACGCGUCUUCCUCCACGAGGUUUCCAACGCCGGAGCGCAACAGUGCCUUCAGAGACUACAGGGCGUAACCACCGAGCAUAUAACUUCUAUCGGUUCUGAGUAUGAUCAUACGACGAAUGCCGAUCCGGAUGAUCUCUUGGAUCUGCCCCUGUUCUCCAAGAGCAUUCGAGAGGAACGCAGUCUCGCCGACCACCUAUGCACACAAGAAAGCAUUUUAGACUUGAUAAAAACUCUACAAUCACGCCUCGCCGCUGCCGUAAUAUUUGGACAAAACGACACGCUCUGUGUUGCAAAGAUGCAUAAAAGUGUCGAAUAUUUUGUUGUGUUCAACCCGCGAUGCCGUGCCUCGCCAGAUCUCUCCGGUGCCUCCAUCCGCCUCUUCACCACAGCAGAAUCGACAGCGCAACAUGUCUACAACAUCGUUAAUAUCUUCACGACCCAUCUAAUAGCCACGUCUCGCAACGUGUAUGGGGCGAGCGUGUUCGUUCCCUACACCGAACCGUUGAUCAGUCGGAGACGCAAAGGUGCCGGUCAUCCCGAUACAGCAGUCUAUCACGCAAACGUAAACCUGCUCCGAACAACAUUGGAGCUUGCAAAGGCCCAUGCGACACAACGAACCAGCGCAAGGGCGAUAGCUGACACGGAAAGGCAAAUAGACGAGGAGAAAGUGGUGGUUAAACAGGCACAAACGUCGUUUGAGGAGAGGAAAAAGGUCAUCAGAAAGUUGAAGCAAGAGUUGGCAGACAGUCAGGCUAUCACGGCUGCAAUGAUGGAUGACUCAAAUACAAAUACUGUGAUGCAGACUUCGUCGCCUCCUGAUACAUCACCUAGUCCAGACCUGGAUCCUCAAGGAGACCAUGUGAUGCGCGAUGACUUUGCGGACACAGCCUACUCGGGGUCCAUACCGAGUGAAGGUAGUCUGCGAAGUGGCAAAUCACGGAAGAGCGAAAGGGCAAAGCCGCUCUCUCCCUUCGUUUAUCAAGCAACUGGUGUCUCGGCGAGAACUCCUUCGGUGGCGCGUCCCUCGCCUCGAUUUCCUCCAACGCCGCCUGAUACACCCAGCACUGGCAGUCAAUCACACCUCCCAAGGAAACCAGAAAAUCAAAGGCAGCACCCAGGGGAGCGCAAGACGCCGCGCGGCGUAGAAUAUCGCAGGGGGACGCAGCACAACGAACAUUCGAUGCAGGGUGGUACAGCUCGCAAAAGUGCGCAGCUCGACGAAGAACAUGAAAUGGAGAAAGCACCCCACAUAAGGCUUCUCGAAGAGGAGAGCCGCAAGCUAGCAGAAGCACGUCGUCUGAUUGAAGACCGAGAGAAAGCCUUGAAGCGAGAGAUGGAACGGCUUCGGAGCAUACGCGGGCGUGAUCACUAUGAAGCGGAUCAUAACUAUCGUGAACAACAUCAUGAUCAUACUCGCGACAAUCGACAUGACGCCACUGUCGCCGCUUCGACAAUGUACGAGUCGGAUGAGGAAGACGCAAGCGUGCGUCUGGCGAUUGAACUCUCAGCGCAAAUGGCCGAGGAAGAGGCUUCAUUGGCACUGGCUCAAAAGUUAGCGUUUGAGGAUGCUCCUGCUCCAACUCCAGCCGCCCGGCAGCGAGCAACGAGCGUGUCCUCGGAAGUGACGACCCAAAGCACCCGGCCUAUCAAGCGUGAAAGGGGUGCUGAUGGCACCACUCCGAGAGGUGCAGGCUCAAUCUCAUCGCGGAACGAAGGCAUGUUUCGAGCAGUCGGCCAUUCACCGGUCAGAAGGCCACCAGUCCUUUAUCCACAAUCCACACCCUCGUAUGACACACAGAUCGAAGAGGACGAGCGGCUAGCAAUCAAACUAGCUGCCCAAAUGGAAGAUGAGGACCUUGACAAGGCAUCACGAGCUCAAAUCCGACAAAUGUACAUGGAAGAAGAGGAGCAAAUCCGUCAGUUCGAGCUACUUCAGAGGCAGUAUAAGGAGUUUGAUUGUGCAGUCUGUGCGGAAUCGUUCGAUGAGGGGGCUCUCGCGCGUGCACAGGGAUGCGACCAUGUCGUGUGUCGUGAGUGUAUGCUGGGACAGGUCAAGGCUCAGGUGGAGCAGAGGCACUGGCCAGUGUUUUGUCCUGGGUGUGCACCUGAUGCGGUCUCGAGAGGAGUGGUUACUCGGCGUGUCGCAGAACUUGUUGGUGCAGAUGAAAAGUUAUUCGAAGCGUGGAACAGAAUCGAGCUUGGAGGUGUCUCGAUUACAGUCGAAUGUCCAAAAUGUCGCGAAUCCGCUCGGGUCGACUUGGACGAUUUUAAGGAGACCAAAGUCCUCGACUGUCCUCUCAAGUGUGGCGUCCACUUUUGCAAGGAGUGCCAUCAAGAGGUUGAACGCGGAAAAACGCAUUCAUGUGACGGCCAAGCAGAGAUGGAUGACCUUGCCGCACAACAGAACUGGAAGAAGUGCCCGGGAUGUGGUCAAAUGGCCAUGAAAGACGGAGGAUGUAAUCAAAUCAGCUGCGGCACGCCUGGAUGUAACAUGCACUUUUGUUACGCGUGUGGAGGAAAAAUUGCGCAGACUGCCUCGAUGCAGGCGAUGCAGAUGGCAAAGACGGCACACUAUCAAACCUGCAAAUUGUUCUAA